AUGCCGCCGAGCAUCCUGUCCACGCAGGUCCGUUCGCCAUUGUUAUCGCUGUCUCCGGGGAACACCAGGGGCAAUGAGACAUCGGGGAACUUGUGGAGGCCAUCAAGGGUUUCCCCGCGGUGGAUCACCCCGUUGCCUAGCCUGAGCUCCACACUCAGGGCUCUGUCCGUCGUGGUCGCUGCCACCGUCAUGACCCAUGGCGCGUCAUUAUGGAGCGUUGCGUGGAACGGCCCGCUGUUGCCAGCCGCGCAGUUGACCAGAAUGCCGUGCUCGGUCGCCGCCAGAGCCCCUACAGCGAUGCUAUUUCGGUGGUAG